AUGACGCAGCAAGAGGAGAAAGAAUGGCAAGAAGUCCAAAAGAAAACGUUUACGAAGUGGGUGAAUGAGAAGUUGGUGAAGGGAGGGCAUAAGGAGAUCGGAGAUAUAUUUGAAGAUCUUUGCGACGGAGUGAAGCUUGCACAUUUGUUGACGGCUUUGCAGAAGGAUGUGGUUGAAUACAACCCGGCCCCAUGCACAAGAAUCCAAAAAAUGGAAAACGUAGAGAGGAUUCUGUCCUUUAUAAAAGGAAAGAAAGUCAAGCUCAUAAACAUAGGGCCAGCUGAUAUUGUUGAUGGAAACCCAAAGCUUAUAUUAGGACUUGUGUGGUCUUUGAUCUUAAGGCUAUCUAUUGCAGAGAUUACAGAGGCAGGGGAACUUUCUAUAAGAAACGAAUUGCUUAGAUGGUGCAAGGAAGUGACCAAUGGAUACAAAAAUGUAAAUGUAGUUGAUUUUUCUCGAAGCUGGCAGGAUGGGCUUGCAUUCAAUGCAAUUAUCCAUAGGUUCCGGCCAGACCUUGUUCCAAACUUUCAUGAGCUUAAGCCUUCAAAAAAGGCCUAUAACUUAAGCCAAGCGUUUAGGAUUGCAGAGAAGUCUCUAAACAUCAAGAAGCUGCUGGAUGUAGAAGAUAUUGCAGAGGUAUCGAUUCCCGACGAAAAGAGUAUUAUGACAUAUGUAUCUGGAUACUACAGAAAAUUCAAGGAGUAUGAGAAGGAAAAGCUUGCUUUGAACAGAGUUAAGGGGGUUUUGGAAGCUGUGGACUGGUCGAUACAAGCCCGAAACCUUUAUGAGGUUAAAGCAAGAAGCUUAAGGUCCUUGAUACAAGACUUGAGUAAUCAGAAAAAAGAGGUAUGCAAGAUGAUAAGAAGCCUCAACAAGGCAUUUGAACUAAUGCUUGAAACAAACUCCAAGGCAAUGCAUGAGUCUACCGAGAUUCAUUCUCUUUUUGGAAGUAUAAACGCAAUCCAUGACCUCUACAGAAUAAAAAGAUAUUUCCCACCGGAGGACGUGUCUCUCGAUAAGCUUGAGUUCCCUUCCUUGCAUCCGGAGAGCAUUGCGAACAGCAUUGAAAUCAAGAAGUUGUUUGAUCCUUCCUUCCAAUCCGAGUUUGAUGCUCUAAAUAGAAUAUUUGAAUUUUUCAAGCAUGUAUUUGCCAAAGGAGAAAACAUGAAGGAACAGAUGCAAGGUACUUCUGAGCUUAAGAGCAGACUUAUGGAGAUGACCUUUACACAUCCCUUGACAAAGACUCAGAAGGAGGGAUUUAAGAAUAUUGCUGCAAAGAAACUUGAAACCUUGGAAAAGAUUCUGAGCAAAAGAGAGAAAGAGGACAAGAUUCUUGAAAGUGCCACUGCUCUGUUCAACAAGGCAGUGAAGAAAAAUGAAUGUGGAAUAAGUCCAAUGGAUCUUUGCUGGUGUUUGAGCCAGUUAGGUCUUUCGGUGGAUGAGGGAAUGGUUCCUUUUGGGAAUCCCGAGGGCAGAAUAUCCUUAGAAGAUUAUCUUUUAAUAGUUAAGGAAAUGCACAAUACCCUGUUUGAUUCUGUAGAACUUAAAAAGGCUUUUGAAAUGUUCAGCGUGGACGACAUCUUGGACCUUAAAUCCCUUAACAUUGAAGGUAAGGAUCUUAGGAAUCUCUAUGAUUCCAAUGGAGAGGAGGAGCCGUCCUUAAGCGUGAGCAAGUUUUUCGAGAACUUCAUCGAAAAUUAA